AUGACAUACGGCGUUAGGAAGCUUCUCGGAUCUCCCCGAUUAUCUAGUGCAGUACCAAAUCCUGCAGGGACACUUGCACUCUUCUCGUCUUCAAAAUACAGUUUUGACAAACAUGACUCUACCAAGAGCGUCCAUGUGGUCGACAUCACCGUCCCCAACGGUGAAGUUACAAAGCUAUGGGAUGAUAAAAGUGUAGCAGAGACCGUAUGGCUCGGAAUCGGUGAUUACAUUGGAUAUCUCAAGGCCAACGGAACGAAAUCAGAACUAUGGAUUUCGAAAGCCACGAAUGAUGUCGAAAAUGUUAUUCAAGAAUCCCAAAAGGUGUAUGAAUUCCCCGGUGAGGUUUCAAACCUCAAGUUCAAAGCUGUCGGUGAGGCUAUAUACUUCAUAGUCUCUGCUCCAGCUUUCAAAGACGGCUCGAUCUACUCUGCAGAUACAGCUCCCAAAAAACAUUCUUCUGGUCGAGUUUACACCUCCCUAUUCGUCAGACAUUGGGACGAAUGGGUCUCAGAAUACAAAUCAAACCUCUUUUCUGGUGUCAUCGCCCGCGGCACCACCGGCGACUUCGAGGUAGUAGGAGAUCUUACAAAUCUCCUUCACGGAACAGAGCUCGAAUCACCAGUUGGACCAUUCGGCGGCACUGGUGAUUUCGAUAUCUCUCCGGAUGGAAAAAAUGUUAUCUUUUUAUCAAAGGCUCCAAAGUUGGAUCUCGCGCAGAAUACUGCUACAUACGUCUACGCGGUCCCAUUCACCGGUGGUUCCGAACCUAAGGCUAUAAACCCGUAUCACGGCGCUACUAUCUCCCCGCGCUUCUCGCCGGAUGGUAGUAAAGUGGUAUACCUCCAAAUGAGAGAAAACGGAUACGAAGCCGAUAAAAACGAGAUUUUCAUCACAGAGUUCACUCAAGACUACAACUUCGUCAUCACACAAGUUGCUAAACACUGGGACCGUUCUCCAGGAUCAGUCACCUGGUCUGCCAAUAACAACUACCUCUACCUAAUCGGUGAAGACCACGGUAGAGAAAAAGUCUGGAUCCUCCCAAUCAUCUCCACCGCCCCGGCCUCAAAACCAAGCCUGGAUCCUACCCCAAUCACAUCAGAAUUCUCCGCGAACGACCUCUACGUCAUCGGAGACUCCGAAAACCUCCUUGUGUCCGUUUCCUCUUACACAAGUCCAACAUUCUACCUCAUCAUCUCCGCCACCGAUGGAAAAGUCCAGGAUCUAACUUCUCCUCUCACAAAACUUCAUGAUACCCCUGCUUCUACCGAACGAGGAACCUGGCACGGCCUCUCCCGCAGUCAAGUCUCCGACUUCUAUUACCCGGGCUCAGAUGGGUAUAAAGUCCACGCCUGGAUUAUCAAACCCUCGUUUUUCGACUCCUCAAAGAAAUACCCAUUACUAUUCCUUAUCCACGGCGGUCCCCAGGGCGCCUGGAAUGAUGGAUGGAGUUACCGCUGGAAUCCCGCCGUAAUGGCAGAACAAGGCUACGUUGUAGUCGCAUUCAACCCCACGGGCAGCACAGGAUACGGUAAAGACUUCACCGAUAGGAUCCAAAACCACUGGGGUGGUCGACCCUUCAGGGAUCUAGAAUUAGGGUUCGCAUACCUUGAAAAACAUUAUGGAGAUUUCAUCGAUACUAAGAACGCUAUUGCUGCUGGAGCGAGUUACGGUGGGUAUAUGAUUAAUUGGAUUGCUGGGCAGCCGUUUGCGAAAAAGUUCAAGACGUUGGUCUGUCAUGACGGAAUUUUUAAUACGUUGAAUAUGUAUGCGACUGAGGAGUUGUGGUUUAUUGAUCAUGAUUUCAAAGGCCAAAUCUUCGACCACCGGGAACACUUUGAACGCUGGAACCCCCUCGGUCACGUCAAACACUGGUCCACCCCAAUGUUGAUAAUCCAUAGUUCGAAGGACUAUCGAAUCCCGAUCAGUGAGGCAUUGGCAGCGUUCAAUGUUCUCCAAAUCAAGGGUAUCAAGAGCAAACUGUUGACUUUCCCGGAUGAGAAUCAUUGGGUAUUGAAGCCGGAGAAUAGUCUUGUAUGGCAUCGUGAGGUUUUCAAUUGGAUGAAAGAGUUCUCGGGAGUUAGUGGGGAGAGGUUGGGUGAGGAGGAAGAAGGGGAGGCGGUUGAAGUGGCGAAGGGGUUGAAGGGGGUUAAGUUGAGUGGAGAGGUGGGUCAGGAUAUCUUGAGGGACGAUUAA